UGUUUUGGGCAUUGUCGGAUUAAGUUGGUUAGUCAAGUCCUUCUGUGAAGUGUCAUAUUAUUUACAUCAUCCAUUUUAAUCUUACAUUUGACUCUUGAAAAUAAUUAUUAUUUUAAGUGAAAAUCACCAAAGACCAACAAUGGGAAAAGGAUCUAGAUGUGGGAAUUUUUGUGGAAAUUAUGACUGUGAAAACUUAAGUAAACCUUGUCAAAAAUUGGUAGAUGAUCUAGAGGUAAAUUUUUUUAAAACGAAAACAUUUGAUGAUAGAUUUAAGAUUGUAUGGAAGUUUAUGAUUGAAACAUCACCUCCCAACUAUUGUGAUAAGUUUAUGAUGAAGAAGACAGUUGCUGAUUCAAUAAGUUGGCGUAAAAUUGGUAACAAAGAAUACACUACUGCAAAAAAUAAAGAUUAUAUAAGCAAAUCAAUUGAAGCAUACACCAAGAGUAUUGCUUAUGCACCAGUUGGAUCUAGUGAAUUGUCAUUGGCUUAUGCGAAUCGUUCAGCUGUAUUAUUCAAAGCAGGAUUUUAUAAUGACUGUCUGCUUGACAUUGAACGUUCAUUAAAAAUAGGCUAUCCAGAUAAUUUAAAAACAAAAUUACAUAUUCGUCAAUCAUUGUGUUUCAAAGCAUUGAAACCAAGCUCACAUAUUGAGACAGGUAUUUCAAUGGCCAGUGCAAUGCAGUGGUUACCUAAUUUAACAAAUAACAAUCCAAAUUACAACAUCAAAGAUGAAUAUUCAAAGAUGAUGAAUCAACUUGAAAAACCUCGUGAUACAAACACUGCUAAAUUCACUCCAAUGAUUAAAAAUAAGAGUGCAACAAUAGCUGGUGGAUCAGAUGCAAUUGAAUUGAAAAAAACAAAUGGAAAUAAUCGGUAUGUUGUUGCAACAAGAGACAUUAAAUCUGGUGAAUUUAUUUACAUCAAUAAACCAUUUGAAAUGAUUGCUUGUGAUGAUAAACGUUACAUCACUUGUUGGCAUUGUUGUCGUCAAACUAGGGCUGGUAUACAAUGUGAUAAAUGUCCAAAUAUAGUAUUUUGUUCACAAGAAUGUAAAGAUAUUGCUUGGAAUGAAUAUCAUGAUCUUGAAUGUUCAAUUUUAAGUUUUUCCAUAAAAUUGAAAUAUGAUGUUGCAGAUGAUUGGAAAUUUCGAUUAACGAUUAAAAUUUUAUUAAAAGCAAUUAAGACUGCUGGUGGUAUUACUGAAUUGAGAAAAAAAAUUGAUGAUGUUGAAGCAAGUGCUGAUAAAUCAAUGAUUUAUACUAAUGAUAUUUUUGAUGUUAAUACUAUUGAUAAUUUUCAUCGUCUUGAUUAUUGCAAGCCAAAUUCUGAUGUAUGGCUAUUCCCUCGAGCGAUUCGAACUGCAUCAAUUGUAUUAAUGUUUGGAAUUGAAACAAAUGUUUUUGGCCAAAAAAUGGAAAUCGUCGAAACUUAUUCAAAUAAAAAUGCAAUAAUUUUGGGAGGUUUGAUACUCAGGUAUUUAAUGACUGUCAAACGCAAUGCUGUUCAUCACACUGAUGAUGUAUCGAAAGGGGUCGUGUUAACAGGGGCUAUUAUAAUGCCAAUUCAAUAUAUGUUUGUCAACCAUUGUGAUCCUCAUGUUAAUUGGUACAACUAUCAAGGGAAUGUUGCAAUUGUAGCCGAAAGACCAAUAAAAAAAGGAGAAAAAAUACGUAUAUCAUCAGCUGGACGUUACCAGGACCAGCCACUAUCUGAACGUCAAAAGCACCUUGCAUCAUUUGAUCUUCCUCCAUGCAAAUGCACAGCAUGUGUACAAGAUUUACCACUGAUUGAAAAUCUUACAUCUUACAAGAGUUUGAAGUUGUCAAAUCAAGCUCGCGGAGAACUGGAUCGCAUCAUGAUUAAUUCAGCUGAUUAUUAUGAGCUUAUUGCUGAAGGAGAUCCUGAGAAAUUGCUCAAAAUAAAAGAUACUUUGGCCAAUAUGACUGAUAAAUUUUAUCAACAUGUUACUGUUCCUUGCAAAGAAGCUUCUUUUUUUCCACUGAUGCUAGAAAUGUUGCAUUAUCAACUUUGCAUUCCACGUCCUAUUGAUCAGUAAUUUUUUUACCAAA